AUGGCUGUGGUCAUCCAUUUCCAAGGUCUCCCAGUUGUAGUGGGGACUAUGGAAUUUAUCUUCUUCUCUGGAUUGACCAUUCCUAAUAGGGGUGUGUAUAUUCGGGGUGAAAUGGGUGAGGCUUUCAUUGUUUGUGCCACGGAUGAAGAUGCCAGGCUGGGUAUGACGUGCACAGGUGGUACAAUUAAAGGGUAAAAAGCAACACUGUUGCUGAGUAGUAAAACAGAAAUGCAGAAUACAAUUGAACCAAAUCAUAGGCAUUUUGAAACUGCCAACUUAGAUAUACCACCAGCAAAUGCUAAUAGAUCAGAACCACCCAGCUCAGGAAUGAGUGGCAGGGUAAAUUUGCCUACAACUGUACCCAAUUUUAAUAAUCCUUUGCCAAGUGUAGUUAUUGCUAUCACUUCUGUUCAUGAAAGCAAUAAAAACAUACAGACGUUUGCAGGAGCUGCUCCUCCAAGUAUGGGAACUUCUUUUGGGAGCCCAAAGUUGAGCUUGACCAUUUGGAGUACAGCCUCUCCAAUGAAUACAGUCCAUCCACCACCAAUUCCUCCAAUCCUAGCAUUGCCAUCUCUGCCAUCGAUGCCAUCCAUUCCCCCGAUACCAGUUCCUCCUCCAGUACCUACAUUGCCUCCAGUGCCUCCUGCCCCUCUUCCCUCAGUUCCUUCUGUGCCACCCAUGACCCCACAGCAACUCAUAUCGAGUACACCACCCUUGAAUACACCACCUGUGGCAUCUCUACCUGCUGGAAUGAAUGGUUCUGGAGUGCCUAUAAAUUUGAACAAUAAUCUGAACCCUGUGUCUCUGGGUUUGUUGAAUCCUGUUAACCCUGUCUAGAUGAACUCUCAAAGCAGUGUGAAACCAUUUCCCAACCAUCCUGAUGAUCUAUAUGUUGGUGUGCAUGGAAUGCCCUUUUCUGCAGCAGACAAUUAUGUCAGAGAUUUUUUCCAGGGGCUCUGUGUUGAUGCAGUGCAUUUAUUAGAAGAUCACGUAAGUCAAAAUAAUGGGAAUGGAUUGGUUAAGUUUCUCUCCCCAAAAGAUACAUUUGAAGCUUUGAAAUGAAACAGAAUGCUGAUGACUCAGUGCUAUGUGGAAAUUAGCCCUGCCACAAGAGACAGAGCUGCUGGAGGCCAUAUCACUUUUAAGCAAAGUAUGGGACCUUCUGGACAAACCCAUCCCCUUCCUCCGACAUUUCCUAUGUCAAAAUCAUCAAGUGGGCAGAAAAAGUCAAGGUCAAGAUCACCACGUGAGGCUGGAUUUUGUGUUUACGUGAAAGGGCUACCAAUUGAAGCAGAAAAGAAACAUCUCAUUGAUUUUUGAAAGUUGGUUAUUGUGGAAGAUAGUAUUUAUAUAGCAUAUGGACCCAAUGGGAAAGCAACUGGUGAAGGCUUCAUAGAGUUUAGGAAUGCUGACUAUAAGGCUGUACUGUGUCACCAUAAACAAUAUGGCAAUCAUUUUAUUCAAGUCCAUCUAAUUACUAAGAAAGGUACACUAGAAAAGAUAGGUACAACUCAGGAAAGACUCCAGAACUUCAGCUAUGGCCAGAGGGAAAUGGUGUUAAAUCUGGAGGGAGAUGUCAACUCUGCCAAAGUCUGUGCCCAUAUAGCAAAUAUUCCAUCCAGCAUUACCAAGAUGGGUGUUCUUCAGUUUCUUGAAGGAAUUCUGGUGGAUGAAAAUGCUGUAAAUGUUCUUGUUGAUAUUAAUGGGAAAGGUCUAGGAUAGGCAUUGGUUCAGUUUAAAAAUGAAGAUGAUGCAUGUAAGUCUGAAUACUUGCAUCAUAAAAAACUUAAUGGGAGAGAAGCUUUUGUUCAUGUCGUUACCCUAGAAGAUAUGAGAGAAAGAAAAAAUCCCCCUGCUCAAGGAAAAAUGGGGUUAAAGAUGCCUGUGCCAGGCAAUCCUGCAGUACCAGGAAUACCCAAUGCAGGAAUGCCUGGUGCUGGAAUCCCCAGUGCUGAAAUGCCUAAUGCUGGAUUGCCCAGGGCAGGAAUGUCUGGUGUGGGAUUACCAGGUGCAGGAAUACCUUGUGUGGGGAUACCUGGUGCUGGAAUACCUGGUGUGGGUAUGCCCACUGCAGGAUUGCCAGGUGCAGGAGGUGAAGAGCAUGACUUCCUGACAGUAGGAUCAAAGGAGGCCAACAAUGGUCCUCCAUUCAACUUUCCUAGUAACUUUGGUAGGUCAAACGAUUUUGGUCCACCUCUUCCUCCUCCAAGAUUAGGAGGGGCCUUUGGUGACGCUAGGCCUGGCAUGCCUUCAGUUGGUAACAGUGGUUUGCCUGGUCUAGGAUCGGAAGCUCCAGGUUUUGGAAGUGGAUCAAAUAAUUUAAGUGGGCCAUCAGGAUACGGGGGCCCUCAGAAUGUUGGAAAUGGCCCUGGUACCUUAGGAGGUCCCCCUGACUUUGGAAGUGGCCCUCCUGGUCUUGGAAGUAUCCCAGGGCAUUUGAGUGGAUCACCAGCCUUUGGACCUGGACCUGGCCCUUGCCUGAUACAUAUUGGCGGUCCCCUUGGCUUUGCUGCUUCUUGAAAACCAGGACCUACUGUAAUUAAAGUUCAGAACAUGCCCUUCACUGUAUCUAUUGAGAUUUUAGAUUUCUACUAUGGCUAUCAAGUUAUCCCAGGCUCAGUGUGUUUAAAGUACAGUGAAAAAGGUAUGCCUACAGGUGAAGCCAUUGUGGCCUUUGACUUCCAGGGUGAAGCCACAAAAGAGACAGAAUUCCCUCUCUCUGGGAGGUGUGAUUAA